AUGAAAUGAUGAAGGACAUUUGAGGCCCAAAAAAAAACAUAAGGGGACACUACUUUGUAAAUGCCACAUUCACAGGAUCUGUACCAUCAGCAGAAGUUCUGCAGUAUUUUUUUUUACCUGCGUUUUUCUACUUGAAGGUGAACCAUGUCCUCAAGCUUCCACAGGCCCUCCCUGCACAAGGUUGCCUUCAGCUGCCUGCUGGCAGUGUGUGUCCUAGUCCUUUUCUUUGUAUACUACAAGCCUGAAAUCAAUUUCCCCACAUAUCUGUGUGCAAAGGAAACACAGGCCCAGGUCUCGAACCAUUCAGCAGACCAGCACAUCAACUCACUUCAUAAUGACAACCAGAGGGUCCAGGCUGCAUCAGAGGACGCUGAGCUCGACACUCUUCUGUUGAUCUGGAUGUGGCCAUUUGGCAACAAGUUUGAUCUCAACUGCAGUAUAUUCAAUAUCAGAUGCAACUUGACAGUUGACAAGUCUCUCUACCAUAAAGCCAACGGGGUCAUCUUCCACCACAGUAGCUUAAAGGUUGAGUCUUUACCGAAAGAGCAACGUCCCUGGUUUCAGAAAUGGGUGUGGUUUAAUAUGGAGUCACCUACAUUCUCUCAUCCAAAGCCUCAAAUCAAUCACUUAUUCAACUUGACAUGCAAUUAUCGCCCCGAUUCAAAUAUUCCUGUGCCUUAUGGGCAAUUGUUGCCACUAUCAUCUGGCAUUGAGGGUUUUGAACUGCCACCAAAGGACAAGUUGGUCUGUUGGAUUGUGAGCCACUGGAAACCGAACUUGAGAAGAGUUCAGUUCUACAAUGAACUGAAAAAACAUGUCCAGAUAAACACUUACGGGAGCGCUUUUGGCCAACGUGUGAGUUAUGAAGACUAUAUGAAGAUAGUGUCUAGUUGUAAAUUCUACCUCUCCUUUGAAAACUCUAUUCACAAACACUAUAUUACAGAGAAGUUAUAUCGUCCUCUGAAGCUAGGAAGUGUACCAAUAGUUUUGGGACCUCCAAGACAAGAUUAUGAGGACCACACCCCAGCGGAUUCUUUCAUUCAUGUCGAUGACUUUUCCACUCCAAAGGAGUUGGCAGAGAGGAUACUUUACCUUGAACGAAAUAUUACUGAAUACAUGAAAUACUUCAAUUGGAAAAACAGGUAUGAAGUUCAAUGGUUUAGGUUUGGCCAAGAAAAUGCCUGCAGGACUUGUAGUUACUUACAAAAGAACAGAAGAUACCAAGCUUUACAUGAUCUUAACAAAUGGUACUGGAGUUAAUAGUACUCUAACAAAAACAGCAUCUGCCAAAUUACCUUUCAGUCUGGGACACAGACAAGUAUGGGCUCAAAGUAAAAGACUUAAGUCGCUUCACCUGAAUUGUCUGUGGUUUCUACAAACAUGAGAAUGAUUUUCCAUUAUGAUCACAUUGAUUCCACAUUGAUUGUGGCUUGUGGUAAAGCUGUCAUAAAACAUACUUUUUUCUUUUUUUUCGGUGAAGUAAUAUAAAGACAAAGAACGUGAUAAUAUAACAAGGGGGGUAGAUCAGAGGGUGGGGGUAAUUGGGACCAUCCAUUGGUGAGAGAAGUGUGCAAUUUGCUACUGGGAAGGUGGAAGCUCAAACAGGGUAUUUUUAAUCCCAGUUGCCACUUAUAUAUCAACUUUGCUAAUACAAACUUGUGCUUGAGCUGCACAUUUUUAUCUACAAAGAAGCAUCUCCUAGUUCAUCCCUAGUAAACUCGAUUGCAAAUAGCAAUCGCAGAGACUAUGACACCAUCUAGUGGUUACUUUGACAUGUCACAGUGAGAAAAUCACAUAAAUGGCAA